UAUUUUUAGUAUUGCCAUUAUUUUCAUUCCGAAAUUAUAAUUAUCGUGAUACUAUUUAAAGGGCAAAUACGUCAGACUGUGUUACCCAUUUUGUGUAAUUGUGUGUGUGAAGUACUUUGCAAGAAGCGAAGAUCACAUUCCACAAUGGUGGAUUACUACAAAGUCCUUGAAUUGAACCGGAGUGCUUCCCAGGCGGACAUCAAGAAGGCAUAUCGUCGUCUGGCACUCAAAUGGCACCCUGACAAAAAUCCAGACAACCAAGAUGAGGCAACCAAAAAGUUCAAGGAAAUAUCAGAAGCUUAUGAAGUAUUAAGUGAUGAAAAGAAAAAGAAGAUUUAUGACCAAUUUGGCAAAGAAGGACUUCAAACAGGAGGUGGACCUGGACCUACAAGGCCUCGCACAUCCCGCUCAGCACGUCAUCAUGGCCACUAUCGCUAUGACGAUGAUUUCGACUACACCUUCCCAACGUUCACUUUCAGAGACCCUGAAGAAGUGUUUAGAGAAUUCUUCGGUGGCGAUCCCUUUGCAGAAUUGUUCAGCUUUGACCCCUUUGACAACCACAGUCGGCGCCGUCGGCAAGGCAGACACAGAGGAAGUUCAGAUCCUUCUCUCUCACAUCAUCUCAGCCAUCCAAAUUCCAUCAGCAGCAAUUUCUUCAAUCCUUUCGGCACACUUUUUGGGGCAGGGAUGUUCUCACCUUUCUCAGAUUUUGACACUCUUGGUGGUGGCGGCUUUACCUCAUUUUCCUCGCAGUCCUUUGCCACAGUUGGGGGCCCUGGCAUGAAACGCACUUCCACCUCAACAAAAUUCAUUAACGGCAAGAAAAUUACCACCAAGAAGGUUUCAGAGGGUGGCCAAGAAACUGUCAUGACCUUUGAAAAUGAUGUACUCAAAUCCAAAACAGUUAAUGGUGUACCGCAAGCCUUAUCUUACUAGGAUGAAAGUCAAUUUUGCAGAAGACUGUGAAGUGUUUUGUGGAGACAGUCUAACCUUCAAGAGAGGUUAGAACAUUCUUGACUGUUUUGCUGACAAAGCUAACAUUUUGUGUUUUGCUGUUAUAGUAAGAAUGAUUACAUUGUGUACAUGAUGUGUAAAAUGAAGUGAAAGGAUGUAAAGUUUAUGUUCAGUGUAUUUAAGUUAUUAAUGAUUAUCACUAUGAUUUAUUUUUGCAUAGCUGCUGUACACCUCAAAAAAUUGCUGUAUCAUUUUAUUUUUUCUUUCUUUCUUUUUGUUUUUUCCUUUUUCCCCACUUUCAAAAACUGUACUUACAAAGGUAAUAGACGUAUGAGGAUGAUCUUUAACUAUUAGAUAUGGCUAAGCACAAUUAGCUUACAGAAAAGUGUGGUACAAAAUAACUGCACUAGACUAAUAUAUACUUAUAGGCUCUUAGAUUUGGUUGUGUGUUACUGAGCUUUAGCUCUUUGGCUAGGUUAUAAAAGCCUUUUUGAUUUAUUGGUUUAUUUAUUUAUUUUUCUUUAUCCAGAGUACUUUUUUAUUUCAGUAUUAUGUAUAAAGGAUUAGUCUCAACUAGUCUGCCACACUUAUGGAUAGAAUUUGUUUUGGUUGAUUAAAAGGCAUGAUAGUGACUUAGCCCAUUGGAUGUUUGUAAUCAGAAUGGACAACCAAUUUUUGAGAACCAAUGAGUGAAAGGUACUGAAAGUUUAUGUAUCUAAAAUUAUGAGAUUCUUACAGUCAGAAAGUGCUUUCCAUAUAUUCCUUGGAUAUGAACCCUCCUUUUUUCCAUCAUUAAAUGCUUGUGAGGGGAAUAUUUUUUGAAGACUUGAUGUUAGAUAAGUGUAUGCAAUUUUAGUGUUUGAUAGAUGUCGACUGGGGACAAGAUCACAUUGAAGCAAGAUAUUUUGCCCUGAGAAAAAAAGAUGAUUCUGUGGUUUCCAAGAAAUACAGCAGAGUCAUUUUUAUUUUUCUAUAAUGACAGCCACACUAUUUUGUGGAGAAGCAGAAGGGGUGCAGGAGACUUCUCUAAAGGUGUCCUCACAGUUCAUAGUGUGGCUUGCCCAAGUUUCUUUAAAUUGAUAGCAUCAUGUACAUACUGCAAGCUUUACUAGAUUUCAGGAAGUAUAGCUUUAGAUUGCAUUGAAACAGUCCUCAAAGCUGGCCUUUCACUUUUAGUAGCUUGUCAGUAUUUGUUUAAGGAAUACUGGCAUUGCUAGUCACACUAGGUAACUGGUUUACUAAGAUUUCCAUGGGGCAUCUGAAAAUUAAUUACCAGCUUGCCUCUUAUCGAUUCAUGUGGUUUGUUUGUUUAUUUAAUUGUCAUACAUCUUCAAUCAGUAGUUUGUCUUUUCUCGUGGCUUGCUUUAAAACAACAGAAGUACUAAAAAUUAUUUCAAAGGCACAAGUUCAUUGAUUAGAACAGUGUAAUAUUAGAAACACAAAUAUUAAAUAAGGUUUGAAAAUGUGGCAUCCACAAUAACAACUUCUCAUCGUUAUUAAGCACAUGUUUCGUGAAUUGUCAUACAAAAAGAUUACUUUGAAAUGUGAUAUUUUCUUUUAAUAUUUGUUUCCAAUUUCUCUUUAGUAGAGAAAACUAAUAUUAGUCAUAUUAAUAGCUUUCCCAUUCUUAGUAACCAUGAGAUAUGACAAAAGAGUAUCGUCAAUGUUUAAGUUAGUUGAUAGUAGUCUGCUUCAAAGUGUAAAAAUUACCUGCAUUGUACACCAGUAAUAGUAUUGUAGGGCUGCGUAUGUAAGGUUGUAGUGUUCUGGGUUGGAGAUCUUGGCGUACAGACUUUAGGAGGGUAGAUAACUGUUCAGAAUUUAAGUAUCAUUUGUGUAAUUCAUAGAUGAAUUUUCAUUAUUUUUUUGUUAUUAUUAUGAUGUUAUUGUUGUUAUGAUUAUUAUUUUUAUUUUAUUUUAUUUUUUUCAUAGUAAAGACUUUUGUUGUAGGUUUUUAGAUGUAUGGAUUUACUGUUACGAUAUAUAUGGUGGAACUUCGCUGAAUUGAAAUUUUAUGAAUAAAGGAAGUUUUCAUUUUGGUAGAUGAAAUAG